AUGUCCUUCCGCGGCAGGACCAUGGCACCUCGCUCAGGAAAAUAUUGGUUACCAUUCAUUUCUUGGGCUGUUCUUGUUUUUCUAACAGCUUUGGGAUCUCAGAACAACACGAUACAUUUUGUGACUGAGUUUAUCCUCCUGGGUUUCAGUAACCAGGGGGAGAUGCAAGGUAUUUUCUUCUCCUUGAUUCUGGUUCUUUACCUCCUGACCUUGCUGGGGAACGGGGCUAUUGUUUGUGCUGUGAAAUGGGAUCGGCGGCUCCACACACCCAUGUACAUCUUCCUGGGAAACUUUGCCUUUUUAGAGAUAUGGUAUGUUUCUUCCACCGUCCCAAACCUGCUGGCCAAUAUCCUCUCUGAGAAUAAGACCAUCUCCUUCUCCGCCUGCUUCCUCCAAUUCUAUUUCUUUUUUUCACUUGGCACAACAGAGUGUUUCUUCCUGUCAGUUAUGGCUUAUGAUCGGUACCUGGCUAUCUGUCGACCAUUACACUACCCCUCCAUCAUGACCAUGAAGUUCUGUGUGAUUCUGAUUUGUGUCUGCUGGGUGAGUGGCUUCCUCUGCUACCCAGUCCCGAUUGUCCUAAUCUCCCAACUUCCUUUCUGUGGACCUAACGUCAUUGACCACUUUGUGUGCGACCCAGGACCGUUGUUUGCACUGUCCUGCAUCCCUGCUACUUCCACAGAGCUUCUCUGUUAUACCUUCAACUCGAUGAUUAUCUUUGGGCCCUUCCUCUCCAUCUUGGGAUCCUACACUCUAGUGCUCAGAGCAGUGCUCCGGGUUCCCUCCGGUGCUGGUCGCACUAAAGCUUUCUCCACAUGCGGAUCCCACUUAGUGGUGGUAUCUCUAUUCUAUGGGACUCUUAUGGUGAUGUAUGUGAGCCCAACAUCGGGGAACCCAGCAGGAAUGCAGAAGAUCGUCACUCUGAUUUACUCAGCCUUGACCCCCCUCUUAAAUCCUCUCAUCUAUAGUCUCCGAAACAAAGACAUGAAAAACGCCCUAAAGAAAGUCCUGGGGCUAACAACUAUCCAAACCUGAGACAGUUUUAAAGAAGCCAUGGGUCACUUUUUAUAUUAG